AUGUUGAUGCUCGGCCGAAUAUUGCAAGGCAUGACUAGUGCUCUGACGUGGUCAGUUGGCCUAGCUCUUGUCGUCGAUACAGUGCCCACGGAACGAAUAGGCUGGGCUAUGGGAUGGGUAGGCAUCGCCCUAGCCCUGGGUACGUUGAGCUCACCUUUGCUGGGAGGCGUUGUUUUUGAAAAGGGUGGCUAUUAUGAAGUAUGGGCAAUGUGUUUUGCUUUGGUUGGUGUUGAUGUUGCCUUUCGUCUCUUGGUGAUUGAAAAGAAGAAUGCGACGAAAUGGCUACAACAGGCGGAAACAACGCAAUCUGAAAUCAGCCACGUACCAAGCCGCAGCACGUCCUCAAAGGCAGAUGAUGCAGAGGAGACGUUACAAAGUCAGCCAUACGACGACGAAAACCUCUGUAGUGAAAAGCGACCCGGCCAGCUGACCGUGAAGGAGAUGUUCGGACUGUUUACUAGCCCGAGACUUCUUGCUGCGCUUUGGGGAACGGUGGCAGAAGCUGCUGUCUUGGCGGCAUUUGACAGCACCCUUCCGAUUUUCGUUCAAACGACAUUCCGAUGGAGCUCUGUUGGAGCAGGGCUCAUAUUUCUUCCGCUGGUCUUUCCCACAUGUCUUGGCCCUGUCGUAGGACACCUCUGUGAUCGAUACGGUCCCCGGUGGCUGUCUGCGUUUGGAUUCAUGACAUAUACUCCUUUCCUUGUCUGCCUUCGAUUUGUGACAGCCAAUACAACGGCGCAUAAAGUCAUGCUGUGCGGUCUCCUGGCGGGAGUUGGUAUUGGGGUCGCCUUCACAUUUGGCCCCGUCACGGCCGAAAUUACAUAUGCCAUCGAAGGGCGAUACAAAGAUCAGGGAGUGAAACCCAUCGCUCUGGGCUAUGCAUUGUACAAUAUUGCGUUUUCCGCAGGAGUCAUGAUAGGACCUCUGCUGGGCGGGUUUGUAAAUCAAAGUGCAGGAUUCGCAACUGUGGGAUGGAGUUUAGCGAUCAUCUCGGCCAUAACGUCGGUGUUGUGUGCGACCUUCAUUGGAGGGCCGCCGUUGUGGAAGAAGAUGAACCAGCGCGCCACUGAGGAAGACACCUUGUCAUCGUAG